AGAACGAUCAGCUCUAGGGGGGGACGCCAUGCUGCGUCACCAAGAGAUGAAUUUGGUGGCUUGAUCUCUCAUGACCUUCUCCGUGAUGCAACAACUACUGAGCACCCUCUAGGAACACCAGAAAUCCUUGGCAAAGGCACUCGCGAUUCUUUGGAGUUUGAGUGGCAAAUGACAAAUUGGUCCGAGUGUUCGCAGACGUGUGGCUUCACCAGCUCUUCUAGUGGUUACCAGGUUCGUUCAAUCCAAUGCCUGGUGAGAGUGAACAAUGUGAGUCGACAGUAGAUGGAGCCUUGUGUGUUGAUGCUGGACUUGAAGCUCCAGUCACCAUACAGCGAUGUGGUCUUACAGAGUGUCCACAGUGGCAUUUUGGAGAGUGGUCGGAGUGCGAGUCAUCACGGUGUUUCACACUUCAUUAUGCGUUUCAGCGUCGUGAUGUGGUGUGCCGUUUACAUAAUGGGACGGUAGUCAGUGCCUCGCAGUGUGAUGAUCGAACUCGUCCACGGCAUCGACAAGAAUGUUACAACUAUCAGUGCUCUGGAGUGUGGCGAGUGGGCGAGUGGUCUGAGUGUACUGCACCAUGUGGAGGCCAGGGGUAUCGAACUCGACUCUUGCAGUGUGUUUGGAAUGGAACAAAGAAAGCUGCUGGCAACGCCUGCCGGGAACUUCCCCGUCCUGAGGUGGUUCGCUGGUGCGAUGGUGAACCCUGCCCUGACCUCAGUAUGUAAUAUGGAAUCCAAAUCACCAAAUCAUGGGUCAAGGCCAAGAGGUCGCCAGGUGAGGAGGAAACCAAGGAGUUGAGUGAAUGCCGGGAUCGGAGUAAGUACUGCAACAUUGUCAAGAGGAUGAACAUGUGCCGUAUACCAACUUACCGCAAACAGUGUUGCCGCUCCUGUCCUUAGCAGGACAUCUUAUUUCCUCGCCGUGGAGACACUUUUCCUAAGCCUCACCACAGCGCUACUGAAAUACCAGUUACAGGUACAGGGACCCAUUCACCUAGACCAUGUAAUCGCCAUCACUUACUAUCACAGGGCUAUUUUAUUCACUUUAAUUUGAGUAAAUCAGAAUGCUAACGUGUGUGAUGAGGUACUGAAGAACAGUAACUUAAAAUUACUAAGUGAAACUAGCUAGCUGUUGAUUGAUGUAUUAUUAGUGGAUUAUUACUCGUGUGUAACAUCUUCCUACAAUGCUACACGUCACAGAUUUUAAGCAGUUUAAGAUUAUACAGCCUUGUGUGCAAGUUAAGAAGCUGGUUAUUAUCUUGAACAUGGUAUAUCAAGGUUAAGUAUUCCUUGAUAGGGAAUAAAGAGGUCCUAAGCCAGUAACUAGUGAUGAAUAGCAAAUAUGUAAGUGAUGUGGAUGCUGAGUCAACAUCAGUCUUCUGGUGUGAAGAACAAAACAUUAGCCUGAACUGCAACACACUGUAUAUAUUAAAUGUCAGUCAUUAUAAAGUUCCAGCAGUUUUAUAUAGAGAGACAUUAGCAUAUUUACAUAAUAUUGGUUAGAUAGACAUGCUAAAACUGGGCAGUAGUUGCUUGAAUAUCUCAUUAACGAAAUAUUCGAUAAUAUGGUACCGUUUAUACCAAGCAUCAGAAAAUGCAAGAGGUAGCUAUAUUAUAAACUGUCAUAGUUUAUGUGCACUAAAGUAAUGAAUAAUUCUGGGUUCAUUUAUCACAGGAUAGUCCUAGAACAUAGAGAGAGAGAGGAGAGAGAGAGGAUCUGAACUUUGUGAAGGUGCUAGAUAUAUAAUUUUAAACAAUUAUAAAUCUUCCGAAUUGUUUCGUAAUGCUACUUUAGUCAGUACGUAGCAUUUUAUCCUAAUUUUAAUGAAAAUGUUCAUUGCGCAUACAAUAUCUGAUGUAGUGUUAUAUUGCAUUUAACUUCUAUUAACACAUUUAUUUUGGUGAUAUAUGGAGGAACUCUCACCUCUUAUUUUUAAUAAGUUCUUUUGAUGAUCUCAUGUAAAAAGACUAACUUGUGCUCUAUUACAUCUGAUGCCUACCACACGUUUAGUACAUCAACAUUGUUGACAAUGUUUCCCCAUGAGUACGUAAUUACAAAACCUCUCUAACUGCACUGUAUUAUCUAUUUUGUUAACUAUUUAAUUCAUGUGACUAGCAGGAUGCUGUGUUGUGAAGAAUAUUUCCCCUUUGAGGGGAAAAAUCUUGAGGACUACGUCCCUGUGAGGAGUGUCAUGAAGUGUCCCUCACUGGGAGGUAUCCUCGAAGUAUUCCUCAGUGUUUAGAAGGGUGAAAUAGAAUAUUGCUGGUAAGUAUGAAGACAGACAAAAUUUGCAGAACCAGAUUUUACUGGGAUAACAUUUCGCUCUGUCAGGGCACGACUGACUUGAAGCUCUACACAGAGCAGGACAUAACGACAUGGCUGUAUACAGGAUGAAAUAUAAACUUAGUAAAGUUCUGCACUGAGCAAAAUUUUGUCUCUAUAAGGGCCUGUUCUGCAACUUUUCUUUUUAUCUUCUAACACUUUUUAACAGUGUUGGAGAUAAGAUAUGCAGUAAGAGUCAUCUUGUGUGGAAUAUGCUGUAGACUAUAUGUGCAGCCUCUCGUAUCUCAGGCACCACGAAGAUGAACAUAAAUAUUGCAUAAUUACUAUUCAAAUACAAAUAAAUUCUCACAUUUAAUUCAUAUCUGACAGUAAUUUAUGCCCACUUUGGGAGAGGCCAUGGGACCUAAUGUGACUUAAGCUCAUCCAAGCUGGCACACAAACCUAAGUUAGGGUUACACAAUACGUAUAUGAUUUAGCUGUCUGCAGGCAUGGUAUUUCUGUAACAUAUAGAUAACGUCUUAGAUAAGUGUCGUAAGCAUCCCUGUAUUGUAGAGCAAUAACACCCUAAUUGACAUGUAUGUACAGUAGAUCUUAAUCUGUAACACGUAAUAUAAAGAAAGUCCAAGGUACUGUAUAUGGUACAUCGUGAUGCUGCUGUAAUAUUUAUUAGUUUAUGUUUUUUUAUAUUACCCCAUGUAAAGUAAUACUGUACUUUGAAUUACGAUUAAUACAAUAAACUUGAUCUUGUGGGCAUGUAAUAUAUGCAUUGUUCUGUGGACAGUUCCACCAUGCUCAUCAUUAAUAAUUUCCAUUAUAAUAUACAGGGAGUUUAAAAAAUCACAAUACAGGGUACUGUAAUAGCCAGGUAUAUGAUACCAACAAGUUGAGGAAAAGGACACGUAUCAUAGGCAUGAAGAAGGUUCCAGGAUUGUAACGUUUCCUAAUAAUAAUAUCCUAAGUGUUUGCUCACGUGUCCUUUUCCUCAAAGGGUACCUACAAUAAACUUAAAAUUGUAAAACUGUCACUAUGUACUUGAAUCUUUUGCCAGUUUCGUUUCAUGAAAUUAAUAACCUAUAUCACCAUUUUUGUUUUUGGCAAUACAUACUGUAAUGAUAAAAUCUAUGUAUGGAAAGUUGUUCCAUAAUGUGUAAGAAAAUUUUGGCCCUUCAAUUUGGCUAGAUUUUUCUUAUGUGGGUUGGGAUCCUGAUACAGGUGCUCCUUGACUUAUGAUGAUGGGGUUAUGUAAGUCGAAUAUAAAUAAGUAAAUAACUACUGCCAUUGAAUAAGUAAAUAAAUAAUUACUGUAACUAAAUACCAGUAUUGAAAAGUAAAUAAAUAAUUACAAGUUAUGGACUUGCUACCUUCAUGCUGGGUAGUAAGUUUCACCCCCAAAGUAAUUGCUUUUGCACCAUUGUAAAGUCAAAAUAUCGUAAGUCGAACCAUCAUAAGUCGAGGAGCAUCUGUACACCUUCAGUACAUUCUGAAUGAUUCUACUGUAUAUUGUUUACUAAUGUUUCAUGCCACAAGGUCAGGGUCACAUUCAGACUACCUCAGUUUGAUUGUAAAAGAAGCUUGUGAUGCCAGACUAGCAAAAAAAUAUAUCUCAUGGUGAAAGUAAUGGUUAUUAGAAUACAAGCUGGGAUACAAGCCAUAGUAUAUACUUAUGAGGAAGUUUAUUGAAUGAAUAUAUGACAGAUUAUGAAGAUAUUUAAUUGACAUUAAGAGUUUAGUAUAAAAGAGAGUGAAUGUUUUUGAUAUAGUUUGAAAGGUAAUAUUGUGUAAGACAUAAUAAAUUGUUAGACCAAAAAGAAAUUAAUAUAAAUAAGCACUUUUAACUUGAUUAAGUUAGUAAUGAGAGUUAUACAGUUAGAAUCACACAGUAAGAGUUAUACAGUUAGUAAGAAUCACAGUAAGGAGAGUUACACAGUUUACACAGCCCAACAUUGAGAUUAAAUUCUCCUCAGCAGCUGUUAAUAGCACUUUCAGGUCAGUGGUUGAGGAGGGUUAUUGGAACAUUAUAAUACAGUAUCCAUGUUUAUUAUUGGUCAGUCUCCUCACUAAGCAUUUAUUUAAAUCCUUCAGUAGUGGAGAGCUAGAAGCAUAUACAGUUAAACUAAUAGUUUAUUUUUACUAGUUCCAUCAGGAUCUAAUAUUGAUUAUUAUUAUAUUCAUGGGAAAGAGUGAGACUCAUAAAGAGCACCUGGGGAAUGGGAUUAUUAUUAUAAUCAAAAAGAGGUGCUAAGCCACAACUGGGGAAUGGGAGAUAAUCAGGUUUGAUCCAUGGUGGGAGAGGGUAGCUCCAAUUCAUUUGUUCAAAUAUGAUUGAGUGUGGAAUUGACUAACAUCUAACAAUUUAGUUUGAGCCAUUUCAGCUACAAAUUAUACUGACUGUACAAGACAGCACAAAAAAACUGAGAAUGGGUUAUUUAAACAUUACCCAUGUAACAGUGACAAUAACCCUUGUGGUUUAGCACUUCUUUUUGAUUAUAAUAAUAAUAACAGUGACAGCAUGGGAACCUCGGCCUUAAAUUUGGAAAGUAUCCUCAUAGAUGUAGAUAUAGAACAAAUUUCCACAUUCCAAAAAGGAAAAAAAAAUUGUCGUACAUCUGCGAUCUUUUGAAUCUGCUGCAGCCAUAUUUAAAAUUGUCAGAUUUGUAGAAAAUAAUAUUAACAGUCUGUUAAAAGUAGAGGUAACUAUAAUUUAUUAUAAGUCAGAUGCAGUUAUACUGGAAUAUCAUAUUAGAUUUUGAAUUGUACUUGUAUAGCUUGAAUUAUACACUGCAUUGUACAUACAAAAUUUAGUUAAAUAACUAUUAUUAUAUUCAUGGAAGGUACAAAAUCUAUAAGGAUAAUUCACUGCUACAGCUAAAUUUUCCGAAAUAAACAUGCAACAAGUUUUGUUAACUUUUACAUGGUAUUAAAUAUGAAAUAAGAAAAAUAUGCUACUUUAUUAAACUAUUAACAAAAACAAUUUAGUUUAGUAUGUAAAACUUAGUGCAGUGAACCAUUGUUAAGUCAUUCAUGAGUUGAAACCCUCCCAUUCUUUAAUCCUCAAAAUCCUUUGGUUCUAGAUAUCUAGUUAGGGAAGCUAUUACUCAGUGGAGGUGCCAUGGGGGCUGAAGCACCCCAUAAUUUCCAUCAGCCUCCACAAAUAAAAUUAAUGUCAAUAAUAAUGCAACUUCAAGACAAGUAACAUAGUCCCCCCCCCCUCUUUCAACCAGACUGCAACCCAUAAGCCCCUCUAAUACACAGAUUAAGAGCUGCCCUGCUGUUACUGUUUGUAGCCAGUUACCUUUCAGUAUGGACGAUAAUAGCAACACAACUGCUAUGCAAGACUAUUGAAACAAGAGUAAAACUUCAUAUAUUUGCUAUUAUUUAUAUGUUAUUAGAGCAAAAGUAAGAGUAAUACUGGAGCAAUAAAGUGUGUGAAAGUUUUGCAAGAAAUUUAGAAUCUCAUGUCAUAAUUUAAAAACAAUCUGAUUUCUCACAAAUUUAGGGUAAGUUAUUGUUAGUACAAAAAAAAAAAAAGGAUGUUAGAGUUUGAGAGUUUCAUCAUAUUGAUGGAAGCAAUAACA